UCCAAUAUGGUCGCUAGUGUUAGAUAUGAAAUUGGUUUUUGGAGGAUUUAUGGUUGCUUUCGUUAUAGUAGUAGAAUUUCUUUACAAAAUUGUGAGAUCGUUUUGCCUUCGUAUCACUUUACAACAUAAAAUUUUAAUUCAUAUUUGAUAUCAAUAUGGAUGGAUUUCAUCAGUACUAUUCGUCUGAUUCAAGUUCUCCCCUCUUGCAGAAUCGGCACCCCCCGCCGUUCCAAGGCAAUUUUCAGCCGCUAGUAAUUACUGGGCAUCAAGCCGCGUAUCCCCCUCCUCAAUAUAACCAGACCUACAACUAUCCACCACCACCGCCGCCGCCGCCGCCUCACGGUUGUCCACAUGCAACUGAUCAUCAACAGCAACAGAUGGCACCGCAACAGUUUCCACCACAGAGCUUCCCUCUUGCUCAUAGUCAUACUCAUAGUAUAAAUGGUAAUCAAAUGAUGAGGUAUGAAAGUGGACAGAAUUGGGUCUCAGCUGGAAGUGUUCAAGGUUGCACCACACCACAAAUUUCUCAGGGUAUACGGUUUAGAUCACAGUCCUGUCAAAAACCAAUUGAAAGUACAGCCUUCGGGGAAACAAGGCUAGAGUCAAAAGGUGUUGAGGAUAAGCUAUGGGUAAAGGAAUGGCUUAACAGACAUAAAUUAGAACCCAAAGAACAACAAAAGAAAGCGGAGCCAGAAACCUGGAAUCUAAGGAACCUUCUGCAACAGAUGGACACUUACAUAACCGUGAUCAAAGAAAAAGAAAAUUCUCUGACAGAAAAUAUCAAAAACAUCGAUUUUUCUUGGGAAAAAGAACAUACGGAAACGUUAGCACUUCAACAAAAACUGGAAUCACUCAAGAAGAGCCUACAAGACGAUAGCAUCAUAGUGAAGGCUGUGAAGAAAAUACAUAAGAAAGAGGAGGCACAGCUUAAGAAGGAAGCCGACGAGACUCUAAGUGAGGUGCGCAAGAAGCUGGCAGAUGUUGAUCGCUGGCUCCAUCUACUGGCAGCACUUGAGCAGCUCCGGCAAUUGAGGAAGGAAGCCGCUUUUAGAAAAGGCCUGAAGCCACCAGAAGAAACAGAUGAGAAAUUCACAGAACGAGUCGCACAGAUGCGUAAAGUGAUUGCAGGUCAGAGAGCUGUGUAUGAAGCUGAGGAGAGGACGUUGCAGGUUAUGCUAGACGUUGAGCAGGAGGAGACUAAGAUCAAGGAAAAGGAGAGGCAGGCACAGAGGGUUGGCCAACAAAUGCAAAUGAAACGCGAUGAAAUCUGUGAAUCUCUGUUCGGUGUUCCAGAAUACAAACUCAACGAAGUUACGUUUAAUGAUGAGUACUACAGCCAAGCCUUCAGGAAUAUUGAAUGCUUUCUAAAUGUUAGAAGUCAAUGGGAUGCAUUCCUCGUGCCAGAGAACGAAGGUGCUACUCUCCCACACUCAUGGGUGAUGUCAGCGCCCCCCUGUGAUACAGUAUGGAGCUCUGCCGUUGAUGGCGAUGGAUGAGAAGACGUGAUAGCUGUACAAACAAAACUCUAUUGCCACGUGUCGUGAUUGGCCGUUUGCCGUGCAUUUAGGUACUAGCUGGUUUCACAGGGCUUUCACCAUUGCAAGGUGGGCCCUCUGCAGGAGAUAGUGCGCGUCAUCAUUCUCCGAGAAAGCAUGGCGGUCGUCUCGUUUUCGGCCAAUACUUGCCAUCGUAUAUAUCUCAUCACAAGAUGAAUGCAUCGUAUCUGACACAAGCUUCGUGUUGGUGAAACAUGUCUGAUCUGUCUCUGAGAUAUCUUGAUGGUCAAAGAUUUAGUCGGAGAAUAGGUGAAUAGUCAACCGAUGUAGGAGAAAUAUUGGCAGAAGUUCAGCGGAUCAUAUUUUCUGUUUAGAAAGUUUUUAUCCUGCAGAGUGCACUGAGCAAUGGGUUCAUUUGAAUCAAGCUUCUUUUAUCAGAAACAUCUGUGGAGCAGAAUGGCACAGUUUAGUUGUUUUUCAGCCAGCUCGGUGCUUGGCAUUUUUGCGUGGCAACAUCUUGCCAUAUGUUAAACGUAUGUGAGUUGCAAAGGGUGUAUGAUAUAAAUUCCUUAAGGAGAUGACUGAUGAAUUGUCCAGAGUAGAGAUGAAAUCAUGCGAAUAUCAGUUGUAUUUUCCAAUACGACUGACUUUGAUUGGUUUUGAAAGUUCUAGUGAUGUUUCUAGUGAUUGUAUAUAGACUCAGCGGCGCCCGCAGAUAGAAGCACUGGAAGCACAGUUCUUCCAGUAAAUUUUGGGUUAAACAAUUUUGUUCCUACAUUU